AUGAUUUCCUCACAUCUCACGAAGAUCAUCAUUCUCUUCACCCUGCUUGCUUUCACACCCAUGACUGUUAUUGGAUCUUCCGACCCUGAAAAAAUUCCCACGGGAGUUUCUGUCUACUCUACUGGUAUCACGACAAUCCUCGUCUUCGAGAGACCUAGCAGCUUCUUCAAAGAUAAAAGUGCACAACUUGCUACGUACACAACAUCCACCCAAAUUGCAGGUUCAACAUAUACUGGAAUCUUCGCCGGAUGUUGUUUCUUGCUCUCAACUGAAGCAGGCACCUGCCAAGACAAUCCCUCAUGUCGUCCGGCAUAUGUUACAAAGACAGUGUCUCAUUACAUGAAAUCUGGUGGACCAGAAACACCCUCAAAGACAGGUUUUCCAUCGUUUGUUAUGAAUCCGACCAAAAAUCCGGCUCCUGGCUCGAGUUCGGGUAACGGAAUGGUACAUGCGAAUUUGCUGCUGACGGUUUUGCUCUCUGUUUUAGGAGUUUUGAAUGGAAUGGGAGUUUUAUUUUGUGAUUAG